AUGAGUCCCCAUCAAACACAUUCCCCAACACGCUCACCUCCAUCAUCUCGUCAUCCAACACCUCCGCCCCUCCACCUCGACCCAAUCUCCGAAUACCGCGCCUGUCAAGCCGUCCAGAUCAUUCUCACCGUCCUCCUCAAUCGCCAACUGCACCGCCGCUGGCUCCUCGAAACACAAGCCGUUCAAACCUCUCGCGUCCACAGCACCUCGGCAUCCGCAUCCGCAUCCGCAUCCCAAAUCUAUCAACCCAUCCUACACCUGGAACCCAUCUACCCUCUCAUCAGACCUGAUCUUGCCCUUUUUCAACCUUUACCUUUUUCUUCCUCUUCUUCCUCCUCCUCUUCUUCCUCUUCUUCCUCCUCCUCCUUGAAUCCCUCACUCCUCCAACCCCUCAAAACCCGCAUCCACAUCCUCCGCGCCCGCGUCGAAAAGGGCAAAGAACUCGCCUCCGAGAUCGAACGACGCAUGAAAAUCCCCGCCAUCAAGUACCCCACGCACUUUUGCCACACCUGCGUCGGGGACGGUCAAUCCGGCGCCGCGGAGUUGUAUGUCAUGCGAUGUGGACAUCGCGUGUGUCGGACGUGUCUGGUCUUUGGCAUGGAUGAGAAGAAGGUGUAUGAAUGUGGGAUUUGUUUCCGGAGGUUAUCGUUGGGGAGAAGUGCGUUGUUUGAUGGGGAGGGGACGCAUAUACAGAGGGAGGGGAGUAGGGAGAGACCUGGAGGAGUGAAGACGGGCACGGCGGCGACGGCGGCGACGAGUGCGAUGUAUAGGAGUAAAAGUCAGAGGAGCACGAGGAUUACAGAGACGCAGCCUCACCAUCAUUCACAGCCACGGCUGCACUAUCAGUAUCAGCACGAUCAGCCGCAGCCACAGACCUACCAUCCCCAUCACCAUACCAAAGGCCUCGCAUCACAUACUGGAACUGAAGUCGGACCCGGGCCCCAGAGUGUGUUGAGAAAAGUCACCCAUCAAGGAGAGCGCGAUUGGCAAGUCGACGGACGGGGUGUGCCGGUCAGAGGAAAGGAAGUGUUGAUGGCGCCUGUGAGCUGA